AUGUCGACUGCAUCUGGGACCCGGGCCCAGAAGGCGUGCGAGUCGCACGAGUUCACCUUCACCGACUGCAUGUACACCGUGGGUAAGGGCGAGAAGGCUAAGACGCUCAUUGGUGGCAUAUCCGCCAGCGUCAAGUCGGGCUUUAUUUUGUCCAUCAUGGGCCCCAGCGGUGCUGGCAAGACGGUGCUCAUGAAGAUGCUCACCCUCGAGGCGGGCCCUGGGAAGGCGCACGGCUCGCUCCGUCUUGACGGCCAGCCCUUCACGCCCGCCCUCUACAAAAAGCACUGCGCCUUCGUCGCGCAGCACGACUCGCAUGCCGCGUUCCUAACGGCGCGCGAGCACCUUGCCAUCUCCACCUCGCUCUACCAGCACCAACUCGGCCCGGCCGAGCGGGCCGCCGCGGUCGACGAGCUGCUCGAGCACAUGGGCCUCACAUCGUGCCAGCACACGCGCGCCGGCAACGAGCUCGUGCGCGGGCUCUCGGGCGGUCAGAAGCGGCGCCUCUCGCUGGCUGUCGCGCUCUCGAAGAACCCUGCGCUCAUCUUCCUCGACGAGCCGACCUCGGGGCUGGACGCUGCCGCCGCCGCCUCAAUCAUGACUUUCCUCAAGGAGUCCGCCUCGGUCAAGCGCACCGCCAUCCUCUGCACCAUCCACCAGCCCUCCUACAAGGUCUUCUCGGGCUUCGACGACACGCUCAUCCUGGCCUCUGGCCGCCCCGCGUACUACGGCCCGGCAGCGGCGCUCGGCGAGUACUGCGACUCGCUGGGCGAGCCCGUGCCGCCAGGCAACAGCCCGGCGGAGCACAUGCUCGAGCUGGUCAACAAGGACUUCCGCAGCCCCGAGGCGACGAAUCAGGCGCCCUUCCCGAGGCAGACCUGGUGCUUGCUGCGCAAGCUCUGCAAGCUCACGUACAAGGACCCGACCCUCUACCUCGGGCGGGCGGUCGCGUUUCUCCUCGCCAACAGCUUCUUCGCCGUCGUCUACAUCCGCGCGCGCGACGUCAAGCAGGAGCAGAUUGUCUCCCGCAUGUUCCUCACCAUGUGGCUCGUCGGCGUGCCAGCCGCGCUCGGCGUCGUGAGCACCUUCGCGCUCAACGGCGAGGUGCAAGCCGUGCGGCGCGAGGUGCGCGACGGCAUGUACCACCCGGUCGCGUACGUGCUCGCACACACCUCGCUGCAGCUGCCGAUGAUGGUCUUCCUCGCCAUCUCGGCCACCGGAGUGCCCGCCUACGCCAUCGCCGACUUCAACGCGUCCAACUUCGUGCAGUUUACGCUCGUUUACGCGCUGAUGCUGUGGGCCUUUGAGUGCAUCGCCCAGCUCUGCUCGCUGCUCCGCAACCCUCUGCUUGGCAUGCUCGGUUUCCUCAACACCUGGUUCGCGUCCUUCCUCUUCUGCGGCAUCUUCCUCCGCAAGACGGACGUGAUCUGGCCCUUCCGCGCCUUCACCUACCUCCUCCCCCUCGCGUGGGCGUUUCCCUCCCUCAACUACUUUGAGUUCAUCGACUAUGAGAGCAUCGGGGGCGCCGAGGCGUGCUCCAAUCUGACCGAGGCCGGCUGCUUUGACGUCCUCGGCGCAAACGGCCCGCCCUUCCGCUGUCCCGACCUCCAGCCGCAGCAGUGCCUCGGGCUCACCGGGCCCCAGGUCCUCGUCUCCCUCGGGGAGACGUACGAAAUGAUCGACGUGGACGUCAACACCACGCAAGAGGCCCUGAUCAGCCUCGCCAUCGCGGUCGGCUGGAAGCUGCUCUACACCGCCUGGCUGAUGCGCCAGUGCAACGAAACCGCUGUCCCAUCGACCCGUGGCAAGUCCGCCGCGGCGACCCCGGAGCCUCCGGCGCGCCUCGUCUCCUCUCCCGCCUGA